CUCUGCCUAGUGAGCCUCCCUGUGGCGCAGGAGGCGGAUGGUGAUCCACAUAGAUGGGCCCAGACAUGCCAAGACUUCUGGUGCCAAGGUCCCAUAGGAACAAGCAUGUGCCCGCAAGAACCAGACUUCUGCCAAGACUGUCCCAGUUAUGUAUCACACAAAUUUGUAAUAUUCAUCACGAAGAUAAACAUUUCUAGGUGCCUCUGGGGUCCAGGAAUUAGCAUCAAAGAGAUGGAGAAGGCAGAUUAGGAAUACCUCCAGUUCUCCAGAAACAGACCAAACACAAGAAUGUUAUGAAGAGAUUUCCUCAUGCAGUCAAGUGCCUUGUUUUGUGUUCUCUGACUCGCAGAGCUCCUGUGGAGUAAGCCUGAGCAAGAGGACCAGAGGGCAGCUCUGGAAAGGAAUUCCCCGGGAGAAUCUUCACUGACGGCCAAGAAUGGCGAGCAAGGGACCCUCAGCCUCAGCGUCCCCCGAGAACUCCAGUGCAGGGGGGCCCAGCGGAAGCAGCAACGGUGCUGGUGAAAGUGGAGGGCAGGACAGCACCUUCGAGUGUAACAUCUGCCUGGACACAGCCAAGGAUGCCGUCAUCAGCCUGUGUGGCCACCUGUUCUGUUGGCCAUGUUUACAUCAGUGGUUGGAGACCAGACCUAACCGACAGGUGUGUCCUGUUUGCAAAGCUGGCAUCAGCCGCGACAAAGUCAUCCCGCUUUACGGCAGAGGCAGCACUGGACAGCAGGACCCCAGAGAGAAGACUCCUCCUCGUCCUCAGGGGCAGAGACCAGAGCCAGAGAACAGAGGGGGAUUUCAAGGAUUCGGUUUUGGAGAUGGUGGCUUUCAGAUGUCUUUCGGAAUCGGAGCAUUUCCCUUUGGGAUAUUUGCCACAGCCUUUAACAUAAACGAUGGGCGGCCCCCUCCAGGUGACGAGACCUGGAAAUGUCGAGGCUGUGGUGACCACGUCGCUCCAAGCCAGAGGUUGUACAGGACCGUCAAUGAAGCCUGGCACAGCUCCUGCUUCCGGUGUUCCGAAUGCCAAGAUUCCCUCACCAACUGGUACUAUGAGAAGGAUGGGAAGCUCUACUGCCACAAGGACUACUGGGCCAAGUUUGGGGAGUUCUGCCACGGGUGCUCCCUGCUGAUGACAGGGCCUGUCAUGGUGGCUGGGGAAUUCAAGUACCACCCAGAGUGCUUUGCCUGUAUGAGCUGCAAGGUGAUCAUCGAGGAUGGGGACGCAUACGCCCUGGUGCAGCAUGCCACCCUCUACUGCGGGAAGUGCCACAACGAGGUGGUCCUGGCACCCAUGUUCGAGAAGCUAUCCACAGAAUCCGUGCAGGACCAGCUGCCCUACUCCGUCACACUUAUCUCCAUGCCAGCCACCACCGAGGGCAAGCGGGGUUUCUCCGUGUCUGUGGAGAGUGCCUGCUCCAACUAUGCCACCACCGUGCAAGUCAAAGAGGUCAACCGGAUGAACAUCAGUCCUAAUAACCGCAAUGCCAUCCACCCUGGGGACCGCAUCCUGGAGAUCAAUGGGACCCCGGUCCGCACUCUCCACGUCAAGGAGGUGGAAGAUGCGAUCAGCCAGACGAGCCAGACACUUCAGCUGCUGGUUGAACAUGACCCGGUCUCUCAGCGCCUAGACCAGCUGCGUCUGGACGCCCGGCUCUCUCCCCACAUGCAGAGUGCCAGACACUCCCACACACUUAGCACCCUGGACACCAAGGAGAACCUGGAGGGGACGCUGAGGAGACGCUCCCUGAGGCGCAGUAACAGCAUCUCCAAGUCUCCCGGCCCCAGCUCACCAAAGGAGCCCCUGCUGCUGAGCCGGGACAUCAGCCGCUCUGAGUCCCUGCGCUGUUCCAGCAGCUGCUCCCAGCAGAUCUUCCGGCCGUGUGACCUGAUUCACGGGGAAGUCCUGGGCAAGGGCUUCUUUGGGCAGGCCAUCAAGGUCACACACAAAGCCACCGGCAAAGUGAUGGUGAUGAAGGAGUUGAUCCGAUGUGAUGAGGAGACACAGAAGACUUUUCUGACCGAGGUGAAAGUGAUGCGCAGCCUGGACCACCCCAAUGUGCUCAAGUUCAUUGGUGUGUUGUACAAAGACAAGAAGCUGAACCUGCUGACUGAGUACAUCGAGGGGGGCACACUGAAGGACUUCCUACGCAGUGUGGACCCGUUCCCCUGGCAGCAGAAGGUCAGAUUUGCCAAAGGCAUCGCCUCCGGAAUGGCCUAUCUGCACUCCAUGUGCAUCAUCCACCGGGAUCUGAACUCGCACAACUGCCUCAUCAAGUUGGACAAGACCGUGGUGGUGGCAGACUUUGGGCUGUCGCGGCUCAUAGUGGAAGAGAGGAAAAGGCCCACAGUGGAGAAGGCCGCCACGAAGAAGCGGACCCUGCGCAAGAAUGACCGCAAGAAGCGCUACACAGUGGUGGGAAACCCCUACUGGAUGGCCCCCGAGAUGCUCAAUGGAAAGAGCUACGACGAAACAGUGGACGUCUUCUCUUUUGGAAUCGUUCUCUGCGAGAUCAUUGGGCAGGUGUACGCAGAUCCCGACUGCCUGCCCCGCACACUGGACUUUGGCCUCAACGUGAAGCUUUUCUGGGAGAAGUUUGUCCCUACAGACUGCCCCCCAGCCUUCUUCCCCCUGGCUGCCAUCUGCUGCAAACUGGAGCCCGAGAGCAGACCGGCCUUCUCCAAACUGGAGGACUCCUUCGAGGCCCUCUCGCUCUAUCUGGGAGAGCUGGCCAUUCCGCUGCCGGCCGAGCUGGAGGAGCUGGACCACACCGUGAGCCUGCAGUACGGCCUGACCAGGGACUCACCUCCCUAGCCCUGGCGGCCCAGCCCCGCUGCAGGGGCGUGUCCCACAGCCCCCGUUCGCUGCCCACUCCACACCCCAGCCCUGCCUGGAAGCAGGGCCGUCCUGGCUUCCUGUGGAUUGGCGGCUCAUAGAGAAGCAGAACACGCCAUCCCUACUACCUCCCCAGGAGGCGAGUGGGUGCAACACCCAGGAAAUGCAGCCUGGUGACUGUCUAUAGAUCCAACACUCGCCUGAAAGCUGUGAAGAAGAAAACAGAACAAAACCAAUAAGAGCCUGGACUCCAGGCCAGGAGGAAAUCUGUUACUUGGGACCCCUUGGGAAGACCCUGGCAGGGAUUCCAGGGGGGCUCCUGCUUUACACUAACCAGCAUGACCUGGACCUGCUGGCUAGAGGUCCUGGGGGCAGGGAAGGGGGGGAACCUGCCUAUGCAUUCUGAAGUUGCUAGACCAGCUGGGUACAGGAGGACUUCAAGUGGGAGAGCAUGGAUGGACAACUGGUGGCCCAGGUGGCCCUCAAAGGGCACGAAAUGAUAGUGGUGCUCCCCACCAUGUGCCCUCCAGAUGCUGCCUACCCUGGAGCAGCAGGGAAGGGAGUAGGUGUUAGGGUAUGCUGGAAGCUAGCCAGGAGGCAGGGAGAAGGCUAGUUGCUGCUCUCCUGCCAGGGGUUGUGGCUCUGGCCAGUUUGUGCAUCACAUCAAAGUUGGCAAGACGUAUGUGUGUGUGUUGGAGGACAACAGGGAGAGGGGUAGUGUGUGGCCUCCACCUCAUGUUCAUAAACUGCAGCUGGAAGCCAGCUGAGAACCUCCGGGUGAUGUCCUGAGACUGCAACAAGCACAGGAAGACAGUGGGGGCUGGGAAGAAAGAGGCCCUGCCAGCUAGAAAUCCCACAUGCCAGUUGCUGUCACUCAGUUCUCGGUGGGUUCCUGAGGACAGAUACCUAAGUAAGACCCUUGGCCCAGAGCUGGAUAGUUUCCGGAGGACUGUGUGGCUUGUUACUUGGGUCUGGGCAAGGUGGGAUAGGGGAGCAGCCACAGCUUGCCCUCCAACAUGCCCUAUCCACGUAGCUAGGCAGAUGUGGGUGGCAGAGCCCAGCAAUGAGGUGCUGAGGGCCAACUGGCUUCUACCUCCUUUGUUGGCUAGCCCAACUCAGCCCCUGGUCACAGCUCCCCUGAGCAGGUCCAGGGGCACUGGACAACCUUAGGUCACCCUCCCCACAUGCUACCCCAUUCCCCACCCCCCGCCAGUGGUUCCCAGAGCUCCAGGGAUUCUCCAGCACAACUAAGUUGGCCUCCUAAGUGGCUGCGAGCUUGCACCGUAUUUAACAAAUCGGGGAUGGUUUUGGGGGUGGUUGUAUUGGGCAGGGGGCAGGGCACAGGGGUGUGAUCCUGGAGAGUGGUUGCUGUUAAAAUAUUAUCUUGUUCCAUCUGUUGGGUGAGACAUGAAAUAUUGUACAUAGGUCUGAAGAGUUACGGGGUCAGAUGUCACCUCUGGGCAGUGUGGACUUACAGCUUGGACUGUCCUGCAAGCUUGCUGCUGCAAGGAUGAGCCCCG